AGAGCCACGAGACCCAGGACCACCACUGUGCCCACACCCGCUGCGAUGACAACCUCGCCUGCCCUGCGCACCUGUGGUGGGAGGUCCGGGCACAAGGAGAGCGCAGGGAUUUCAGUGGUUAGCCAACGACUACCAUCACACACCAGCACAACACUACGUCAAAGGAGGCUCCGUAGGCGGCGGAGAAGACGCCGGCAAAAGAGAGGCUGCAGAGGAGGCGCCAGAGAGAAGCUAAUCCAGGCUCCCCAUCGCGCCCCACUCCCCAGCCUUCUCCUUGCUAAUGUGCGGUCUCUGGCGCACAAAAUGAACGAACUACGAUUGUGGGAUACAACCAGCAAUAAGAUUACGGAAACAAACAUUAUGUUCUUCACUGAAACAUGGUUGCGCGACGGCGUUCCAGACUGCGCUGUUGGACUACAAGGACGUCACUGCAUCCGCUCGGACAGAACAGCUGACUGCAGUAAGUCACGUGGAGGGGGUCUGUGCAUCUGUAUAAACAGAUCCUGUUGUACAGAUAACCUUACCAUCGCUAAGCACUGUUCUGCCAACAUUGAAUUUCUCAUGGUUAAAAAUAGGCCCUUCUACCUUCCAAGAGAAUUCAACUCCAUAAUAACAAUCGCAGCUUACAUACCACCUGAUGCUAAUGCCAAGCUAGCUAUGACAGAACUACAUGCAGCCAUUAGCAAUCAACAGACACAACACCCGGAGACUGCUUUCAUCAUUGCUGGAGAUUUUAACCACUCCAACCUAAAAACUGUUCUAGCCAAAUUCUACCAACACGUUUCCUGCCCCAAAAGAGGAGAUAAGACCCAUGUCUACACUAUCAUCAAAGAAGCGUACAAGGCCCUACCUCUCCCCGAACUGGAUCAGUCAGACCACAUCUCUCGGUUUCUCCUACCCAAAUAUCACCCCCUCAUGAUGCAAGUCAAGCCCUCAGUCAAGUCAGUGAAGGUUUGGCCCGAGGGAGCAGACUUCAAACUUCAACACCGGCUUCACACUAACUGGUCUGACUUUGCUGUAACAGACACAGUAGACCCACACACAGACAUCGACUCCUACACCUCCUCUGUUUUGGAUUAUAUCAAGAAUAACAUAAACGACAUCGCCACCAUAAAACGGAUUACAAUCUUCCCCAAUCAGAAGCCAUAGAUGGACGGGCAGGUCCGCCUUCUGGUAAAGGCACGCAACAUCUCGUUCAGGUCAGGGGACACACAAGCCUACAGUACAGCUAGGGCCGACCUGAAAAGGGGCAUUAAGCGGGGUGAGCAUAGCCACAAACUAAAGGUUGGGGAGCACUUCAGGAACUCUGACCCCCAGCGCAUGUGGCAGGGCUUGCAAGACUUUACAGACAUUACAGACUCAGGAACUUUGACCCCCGGCGCAUGUGGCAGGGCUUGCAAGACUUUACAGCCAUUACAGACUUCAGACCCGCUCAUGCCUCCACCCUGUCCAUGACCACUCCUUUCCAGAUGAGCUAAAUAAGUUCUAUGCUCGUUUUGACUGAAACAACAAUGAGAUGGCCACCAAGGCCACUCUCCCUGCAAACCACUUGCCCCUCACACUCUUGCCUACAGAGGUGAAGGCUGCACUGAGCAGAACCAACAAACGCAAGGCUGCUGGCCCAGAUGGCAUCCUCGGACGUGUAUUCAACACCUGUGCAGAGCAGCUGACCGGGUUCCUGACCAGCAUUUUCGACCUGUCUCUAACCCAAGCAAAAGUAUCCGCGUGCUUCAAAUCCACCUCAAUUGUGCCUGUCCAUAAACACAGCUCCCCAAAGAGCCUGAAUGAUUACCGACCUGUGGCACUCACUUACACCAUCAUGAAAUGCUUCGAGGAGCUGGUCUUAGCCCAUCUGAAAACCAAACUUCCACCCACACUAGACCCCUAUCAGUUUGCCUCCUGUCAGAACAGGAGCGAGGACGACGCCAUCACCAGAGACCUACACCCAGCCCUCACCACCUGGAUCUGUGUACCACCUACGUAAGGCUGCUGUUUAUUGAUUUCACCCCGGCAUUCAGUUCAAUCAUCCCCUCCAAACGAAUCAAUAAAAAGAUAUAUCAUCAGUCACAGCACUCACAGCAGGGGAAUUCGGGUAAGUCGAGUAAUUUAAUGCCAACCGUAAAUCUUGCAUAUCAAGUAGACUAGCAAACAUCGUUGCCAUUCAACUCAGUGUCCGCUGAAAAGUACAGAGUAGGCACCGAUAUCGGCAAAAACCCAAACGAUACCCAACCCUAGUGCUGAGUCCCCUCCUCUACUCCCUCUUCACACAUGACUGCAGUCUUUUUCAUGCUUCAAACAGGAAGUCGGACUCGGCAUACAGGGAAGAGGUCCGGCACCUGGCAGAGUGGUGCAGCAACAACAACCUGGCCCUCAACACAAGCACGACUAAAGAGAUCAUCCUGGACUCCAGAAGGAACAGAAUAGGCACACACCGCCCUGUCCAUAUGAAUGGGGAGGAGGUCGAGCGUGUCACCAGCUUUAAGUUCCUUGGAGUCCACAUCUCUGAGGACCUCUCCUGGACCCCCAACAUCACAACCCUGAUCAAGAAGGCACACAAGCGCAUGUUCUUCCUCAGGAAAUUGGCUAAGGUCCAUCUAUCCCCCCCAAGUGCUGCUGAACUUUUACCGCUCUGCUGUACCAUCGAGAGCAUCCUCCCCACCUGCAUCACAGUCUGAUACGGCAAUUGCACCAUCGAUGACCAAAAAUCACUGCAGAGGGUGGUGAAGAUCGCCCAACGCAUCACCAAGACCACUCUCCCUACCAUAACCUCAAUAUACGAGAAGAGGUGCCUUCAAAAGGCACGCAACAUCAUACAGGACACCUCUCACCCCAACCAUGGACUGUAUACUCUUCAACGUGGCACCCGCUCUGGGGCACGCUACCACAGCCUCCCAGGUAAAACUAACAGGACUAAAAACGGUUUCUUUCCCUCAGCUGUCAGACUGCAUACAAAAUAGGGCCCGACCGAUAUUGAUUUUUGAGUGCCGAUUCCGAUGCCGAUUAUUUUCAGAGAAAAAUUACGAUUACGAUUUAAUCGGCCGAUAAAAAAAAAAAA